AUGUCUCUCAAUAUGAAAACCUUUACGCAAGCGCUGGCCAAGGCGGGAGCAGUGAUCGAGAAAACGGUGCAGACGACCGUGCAGGAAGUGACGGGUCCGAAGGCAUUGCAGGAUUACCAGCUCAUCGACCAGAUCGGGUCCGCCGGCCCUGGCCUCGCCUGGAAGCUGUACUCCGCUCGGCCGGUGAGGGAGGCGGCGCGGCAGUACCCAGUGGUUUGCGUAUGGGUGCUGGAUAAGAAGGCUUUGUCAGAGGCGCGAAUCCGGGUCGGGUUGUCCAAGGCCGCGGAGGACUCAUUUCUGGAUGUGGUUCGGGCCGAUGCGACGAGGUUGGUGCGGCUGCGGCACCCUGGGGUUGUCCAUGUGGUGCAGGCGUUGGACGAGAACAAGAAUGCCAUGGCGAUGGUGACUGAACCGCUCUUUGCCUCGGUUGCUAACGUGCUUGGGAAUUUGGAGAAUGUUGAGAAGGUCCCGAAGGAGCUCAAGGGAAUCGAAAUGGGGCUGUUGGAGGUGAAACAUGGGUUGCUCCAAAUUGCAGAAACGUUGGACUUUCUCCAUAACAAUGCACAUCUAAUCCACCGGGCGAUAGCUCCCGAGAAUGUUCUUAUGACUGCAAGUGGAGCAUGGAAGCUUGGUGGAUUUUGCUUUACGAUUCCAAGCGACCAAGGUGGCAAUUUGGCUAGUUCUCACGCCUUCCAUUAUGCUGAAUAUGAUGUGGAGGAUUCCAUCAUGCCUCUACAACCAUCUUUAAAUUACACCGCACCUGAACUUGUUCGUAGCAAAGUGCCUUCUGCUGGGAGUGCAUCUGACAUUUUCAGCUUUGGAUGCCUUGCUUACCACUUGAUUGCUCACAAACCUUUGUUUGAUUGCCACAACAAUGUCAAGAUGUAUAUGAAUACUUUGAAUUACUUGUCCAGUGGGUCAUUCUCCUCCAUUCCUUCUGAACUAGUACCUGAUUUGCAGAGGAUGCUCUCUGCAAAUGAAUCUUUCAGACCUUCUGCCAUGGAUUUUACAGGUUCUGGAUUUUUCCGUAAUGACACGAGGCUGCGUGCUCUUCGAUUCCUGGACCACUUGCUUGAGCGAGAUAACAUGCAGAAGUCUGAGUUCUUAAAAGCAUUAUCCGAUAUGUGGAAGGAUUUUGACUCACGUGUAUUGCGGUACAAGGUGCUUCCACCUUUAUGCGCAGAACUCAGAAAUAUGGUUAUGCAACCAAUGAUUCUCCCCAUGGUUCUCACCAUAGCCGAAUCUCAGGAUAAAGUAGAUUUUGAGCUUUCAACCCUUCCAGCUCUUGUUCCUGUCCUCAGUACCGCUGCUGGCGAGACACUACUUCUUCUUGUCAAGCAUGCAGAUCUCAUAAUCAACAAGGCUAGUCAUGAGACUUUGGUAUCUAGUGUCCUGCCAAUGUUGGUUCGAGCUUAUGAUGAUACUGAUCCACGCAUCCAGGAGGAAGUUUUGAAAAAAUCUGUAUCUCUUGCCAAGCAACUUGAUCCUCAGCUAGUGAAGCAAGCAAUUUUGCCUCGGGUUCAUGGAUUAGCUCUCAAAACAACUGUUGCUGCGGUAAGAGUGAAUGCUCUGCUAUGCUUUGUAGAAUUUGCUCAUUCACUCGACAAACAUGCUAUUCUGGACAUGUUGCAAACCAUUGGACGUUGUACAGCAGUUGACCGUUCUGCUCCUACCCUUAUGUGUACUCUCGGGGUUGCAAACUCUAUUCUAAAGCAGUUUGGAGUAGAAUUUGUUGCAGAGCAUGUUCUUCCCCUGCUUUCGCCUCUGCUCAUUGCCCAGCAGCUUAACGUGCAGCAGUUUGCCAAAUACAUGCUCUUCAUUAAGGAUGUCCUGAGGAUGAUAGAAGAAAAGCGAGGGGUCAGUGUAAGUGAUUCUGGAAUUCCAGAGGCGAAGACAUUGCCUUUUGCUAAUGGGACUCAGUCUCAAGCAUCUAGCAAAUCAACUGGCACAGUUGCUUCUGCAGUAAAAAAGAGUCCUUCUUGGGAUGAAGACUGGGGUCCUGUCACCAAAGGUUCUGACCCUUCAAAGCACCCUGCUACCACACCUAUUCCCUCUAUUUCAAGCAACCCAUCUCCUGCUCCUACUACUAUGACAUCUUCGGGCAGCCAGCAGCAGCCACUGCAAUCAUUGUCUUCCAUGGCCAGUCAACAACCAGUGGUGUCAUGCACUCCAGUCGACAUAGAGUGGCCUCCUCGGUCAUCAUCUUCUGGUGUAAUCCCGCAGCAAAGUGAUGGCUGGGGACAAUCGAGUAUGGUGGCAUCAUCAUCUGCACCAGCUCUUGACGAUAUGGAUCCUUUUGCCGAUUGGCCUCCGAGGCCUAGCAGCAGCACCUCCAGUACCUCCAACACUUUGAACAACGGUAAAGUUGGAUCGCUCACUCCAACUUACGGCUCUAACUUUGCAACCAUCACAUCCAACAGCAGCACUCAGAGCAAUGGGAGCAACAGCUGGGCGUUCAACAACCAGAAUUCGCUUACCAUGGGACGAGGAGCUGUGAACGGUGGUGGUGGCAGUGGGAUGAAUCCCAGCCACUCCCUCGGGGUCUUGAAAAGCAAUCAAGGUGGAAGUAUGGUCUCGUCAAGUAAUCAAAGGACGAGGUCGUCGGGAGAUCUGGAAUCCAUAUUUGGUUCCGGGAGGAACAACGAUAAUGGAGCUUUAGCUCCGAAGCUUGCUCCGCCUCCUUUGACAGCUGUCGGCAGAGGGAGAGGGAGAGGGAGAGGGACAGCGGUUGGCUCGACUAUGAAGUCUUCUUCUCAUGCCAACAACAAACCUCAGCCUGGACAGCCACCUCUCUUGGAUUUGCUAUAA